AUGCCGACUCCUGUGUCCUGUUCCCUAGUUACUUUAGUCUGUGAAUUUUCUUCUGAUCCCAUCCUGGGGACUUUUGUUUUCUCAGAGCUGGCAAAGCCAAAGAUCCUGAACUUAUCAGAGGUGGUUUUGGGGAAGAGCGUCACCCUCAUCUGCCAGGCGCCAGGGACCUGCCCAUGGAAGGAAUUAUGGAGCCAGCCUCAGAUCUCAUGGAGUAAUUUGCCAGGACCAGCAACUGCACAGAACCAUCAGCACAGCAAUGGGAGCUGGACCUUUGCUUCUGGCUUCACCUUCACACCUACUUUGCAGGAUCAAGGCAGAGCCAUCACUUGCCAUGUCUAUUACCCCGCAGUUAGGAGAACAGUUGAGAAUACAAUCUCUCUUGAAGUGGUCUACCCACCUCAGGACAUCAGAAUCACAAGGCCUGGACACCCUGAUUUCUCCGCGCAGGAAGAAAAGCUGGUGGUCCGAGAAAGUGACACCGUCAGCCUGCUUUGUGAAGCUCAGGGCAAACCUAUUCCCUCUGUGACAUGGCUGAAGAAGAACAAGACCCUAAACAACCAUAUGCAGGGCAGUAAAGAUACUCUUCGACUGUCCAACAUUAAGUCAGAGGAUGCUGGGAUGUAUCAAUGUCAGGCAGAGAAUCUACAUGGCUCAAUCAGGAAGAAUCUCUCAGUGAUUGUGCAAUAUGCCCCCAAGCUCAGCAAAAACCCCGAGAAAAACACUACCUGUUGGCGUAAGGACAAUGACAUCCUCUGCAAAUGCUCCCUGCACUCCAAGCCUCCACCUCAGAUCCAUUGGCAACUGGAUGGGAAGACUGUAGCUGAGAACACCAGCACAGCAGACCUGAAAGUCUCUUCCUCAGUCCAGAAGAAUGAGGUCACCAGCUCCCUAAUUUGGACAGGUAGCCCGGAUGGCAACCUCAGCAUCAUCUGUCUUGGGAACAAUUCUCUGGGAGUCUACACCAUGCAAUUCUACAUUAGUUCCUUGAAAACAGCUUCUUCUGAGUUGAUUGUUCCCUUGGUGGUAGGCCUCAUCCUGAUGAAGGUCUUUUUUUGUUUCGUGUUCUUUUUCUUGGCCUUUUGGUAUUCGAACUGGAGGAAGGCUCCAUUGACCCAAGAGGGCAGAAGGAAGCAAAAAGAAUGAUGGUGACUGGAUCUCCUGUCGUUCCUUUGCUCAGUGGAGGGAUGGCAUCACACACAUCGCUGUGCACUCCCAGGCAGUGAAAGAGCAUAAAUGAAUGUUUAUUUCAAAUGAAAGAGGAAGAGCAUGGGUUAUUAGCACUGCUAUUUCAUACACAGACAUAAGAUGGAUGAUUUCUUCUUCUUCUAAGAAAAGUGUUUACAGUAUUCUGGUUGUGCAUUUGUGGUGCAAUGAAUGUAGUGGGCACCAUAUUGUUUUUUAUCAUUAUUUUGAUAGAUUUCAUUAAUUUAUUGCAACAUAUUACCAAGAUCAUUCACACAUAAAAUAAAAUAUCCCACCCUAGCCUGGGCAAUGGAGUUCAGGCAAUACAUCAAAAAUAACAACCAAAUAACAUAGUAUCUUCCAGUCGCAGACAAGCAUAUGUAUGGAAGGCGGUGUACAGUUAAUGCUAACCAAAAAGUUUUAUUAUGUGACGGCAAUCCUGUUUUCAUUUUUAGACAUGUAGACAAUAAAGCUGUACCAAUCUUGCAAAAGAGUAUUUACACUUCAAACUUCUUGCCAAUUUUAUUUGUCCGUUUUUCCAUAAUUGCUAUUUGCCACACUUUAUUGUACAGCUGUUGGUCUA